AAAAAAUAAAAUGAGGAAAAAUUUGAACAUGAAAUUAUAUUUUUUGAUGACUUAAAAUUUGAUUACGACCUCUAGUCUUUUGUGUCCGUUGCCUUUCUCUCUGAUUAUGAAGGCGUUGGGAACGCUCAGAGUUCGACGGCCUAGUGCGAAUAUUUUGUUCUAUAAGCCGCUGCACACGCUCCGUACUCGAUUCUCAAGCGUGUACUUGGCAGAUUUUGAAAUUUUGCUCGCAGCUCAUUCGUUACUCGACUCUCUUGCACGCAAUUGCGAUGCGAAGAGAAUGACAUGCAACACGGUUUUCAGUUUCAGAUUAAGAUGCUCCGGUAUCACAGAUCACAGAGUCUUUUUGAUACCCUCACCUGGGAACUAUUUCCAGAAAGUUGAGAUUCCAGCAAUAAAUAUAGCCUAUGUUACUCGGGGUGAAUCCUCAAUAUUUGUAGCGCCACUUAAUGCUCAGCGCUCGAAAUGCCGGAAAUACAAUUGCGUCAACGUCCUGGCGACUACCUAUGCGGCUUGGCGAAAUGGCAUCCCGCUUGGAUGCAACGCUAUGCCACAACAAAAUCAUUUAUGAUAGUUUAUGGACUGUUGGGCACCAUACAAGCCAUGUCCUAUAUGUACUUCGUCGUUACACUAACAACAAUAGAAAAGCGUUUUAAGAUUCCCAGUCAAACAACAGGUAUCAUCUUGAGCGGCAAUGAAAUAUCACAGAUCCUGCUCUCACUUAUUCUCAGCUAUAUUGGCGGUCAACGUAAUCGCCCACGUUGGAUUGCCUGGGGCAUUGUAUUUUGCGGUCUAUCCUGCUAUAUACUAGCGCUGCCACAUUUCAUUUAUGGCGCCGGCGAUGGCGCGCUACAUCUCACCGUGGAAUAUUUGCAAGAUCAGUCGUUAAAUAUGACAAGUUCAUUCUCAUUGGUUAACGCGUCUAUACAAAGUUCACAAGAAUUGUGCGGUCUAACGAAAUCAUCACAAGAAUGCGAGUCAUUACUCUCUAUUGUGCCGUUGGUCUUGAUUUUCCUCUCACAAUUCGUGCUCGGCAUUGGCAAUACGCUCUACUAUUCGCUGGGUCAAACGUAUCUGGAUGAUAAUACGAAGGAGCGAAAUACACCACUCAUGUUGGCCGUGGCCAUGGCGCUCCGAAUGAUCGGACCAAUCGUGGGCUUCUUUUUGGGUUACAUUUCAUUAAACAUGUAUAUUGAUCCUUUCAAAAAGCCGUUAAUCGACAAUAAAGAUCCACGUUGGUUGGGUGCCUGGUGGUUCGGCUGGAUGAUAUUGGGUACUUUGAUGGUGCUCUUCUCUGGCCUUAUAGGGCUCUUUCCCAAACAGUUACCAAAAAUGAAGCCGGAACACUAUAACUCACACUUGCCGCGCAUGAUGCGUUUGGAGCAGCUAAAGAAGGAAGACGGCAUCUCUUUGGGCAGCACACUAUCACUCACCGCUGCAUUGGAUGCCAAUGCGGCAGCAGCGGUUGACGCCGACUUUCCACGACUUAAAGAUUUUCCGAAGGCCCUGAUGCGUUUGUUGCGCAACAAAUUGCUGAUAUACAACAUAAUAUCGGGUGUAUUCUAUAUUCUGGGUGCUGCUGGCUACAUGACGUUCUUGUCCAAAUAUAUGGAGGUGCAAUUCCAUAAGACUGCACAGACUGCCACCGUUAUAGUGGGUCCAAUAUCAAUAAUUGGUAUGGUGAUUGGACUCAUUGGUUCCGGCAUUGUUAUAUCGAAGAAGCAUCCAUCGCCGAGCAAGGUGCUGAUGUGGAACAUUAUUGUGGGUUGUGUUUACAUUUUGGGACAAAUGUCGUAUUUAUUUAUGUAUUGCGGCGACUCGAUUUCUGUGCAAAAUGGUGGAAAUUAUAACUUCACCACUCAAUGCAACAGAAAUUGUAGCUGCGAUAAUGUGGCGUACUCGCCAGUCUGUCAUGAAGCUAGCGACACAACAUUCUUUUCUGCGUGUCAUGCGGGCUGUAAAGCAUGGAAUCCCAAGGAGAAGACAUUUUCAAAUUGCACCUGCAUUGAUGUUUUCGGCAACGAUUUCGACAGGAGUACUGCCGCCUACACGCCUACAACUCCCACCUUUCUCGGUGACUUCAACACACAACAACCACAACCAUUUAACCCACCGGAGAAAAUCAUCAGUGGCAUAUCAACAACAGGAACACCAGUUCCAGUCCCCACUACAGUACUAAAUAAUGAGGAACUCAUUAUACCAACAACAACAGCAAGCGCAUGGAUAACAACACAGAAACCCAAAACAACGUCAGAAGAACUUCUCGCACGCGCCAGCCGUUCUGUAAGCACACUCUCUGAGAUACUCACACCGGGCGUAUGCUUGAAGGGCUGUUCUGUGGCCUUUUACAGUUUCACCAUUGCAUCGAUGAUUGUCAAUUGGUUCGGCUCUUCGGGACGUAUCGGUAAUCUGUUGGUGAACUUUCGCGCUGUUGCCACUAAGGAUAAAUCCUUCGCGCAGGGUCUUUCACUGAUGAUGAUUAGCUUGUUUGCGCUCAUACCGGGUCCAAUCAUAUUUGGACGUAUGAUAGACUCAACAUGUCUGGUUUGGACGGAGACUUGUCAUGGCAGAGGCAAUUGUCAGUUGUACGAUCAGACGAAAUUCCGUUACUAUGUAAAUAUAUUGGCGUUGUCGCUUACCUCGAUCGGUGUUGUCUUCGACAUUUUAGUUUGGUAUCAUGGCAGACAUCUUGAUUUGUAUGGUGAGAAGGAGGCGCAAAGACUCGAAGAAAUGCGUCGGAAAGACAAACCGAUCACACCGCUUUUAGCGCAUAGAUCAUAGUACAUAUUUGGUUUAAUGUAUGAAUAAUAUUGUUUUUGGUGAGUGUUUUGACGCAAAACCAUUAUGCCUUACAUAAGUAAUAUAUAUUUGAAGCAUAUCUCAUUGAAGAUGUGUAAGAGUUAGCCUAAUCUAAUGUGGAUUUUACUUUGUAUACGUUUUAUUUAAGAUAAUUUUUUUUUUUUUUGUAAAUAAUGAACAUAAAUAUAUAUAAAAAAAUUAAAUAUAUUUAUAAAUAAGAAAA